AUGCUCCACCUCGUAAAACCCCUCCUCCGCCCCCAUCUCCGCCGCAUGCGGUGGGCCCACUCCAAGGCCCCAAAGCCCCCCAAACCGCCGCAAGCCCCUCCCAAACCCCCCAACCCGCCGCAAAAACCCGAAGCCUUCACCCUCCACGACCACACGUGGCACGACCCCUACAGCUGGAUGUCCAAGCUCAACGACAAGGUCGCCAUGCGACACAUGGACAUGUACAUGGAACAGGAAGACAACUACACCCAAGCUGUCAUGUCCGGCACCGACCGCCUCCAAAGUAAGCUCCAGUCCGAGAUGGCCUCCCGCUUAUCCUUCGACCUCUCCACUCCUCCCCUCAAAUUCGGACCAUGGUUGUACUACCGGCGCGUGGAGGAAGGGAAGCAGUUUCCGGUGCUGUGUCGGCGACUCGCGAGUUUACAAGACGAGUUCAUUUCUCAUAACUUGCCGUCUGCUGGGUUCGAUUUCACUUCCGGGAAGAGAAUUGAGCAGAAGCUCAUUGAUUACAAUCUAGAAGCUCAAAGAUUUGGAGGCUAUGCAUAUGAAGAGUUAUCUGAAGUUUCGCCGGAUCAUCGGUUUAUUGCUUAUACAAUGUAUGAUAAAGACAAGGACUUGUUUAGGUUGUCUGUUAGGAACUUGAAUUCUGGUGCAUUGUGUAGUAAGCCUCAAGCGGAGCGUGUUUCGAAUUUGGCUUGGGCCAAAGACGGGCAGGCGCUGCUUUAUUGUGUUACUGAUCAGAACAAGCGGCCGUAUAGGAUAUAUUGUAGCAUGAUUGGAUCGACUGAUGAGGACGUUUUGGUUUUUGAAGAAUCGGAUAAUGAUGUGUUUGUCAACAUUAGACACACCAAGGAUUUCCGGUUUGUGACUGUAAAUACCUUCUCGAUUGAGUCUUCCAAGGUCUUUUUGAUAAAUGCAGCUGAUCCACUGUCGGGGAUGGACUUAGUUUGGCAGUGUGAAGGUAUAGCGCAUUGCAUAAUUGAGCAUCACCAAGGCUGUCUUUUUCUUUUUACAGAUGCUGCCAAAGGAGGGCAGUCAGUUGAUAACCACUAUCUCCUUCGUAGUCCUGUGGAUUCUUCUAGCAGUCCAAGAAUAUGGGAGGAUGUAUUUGUCAGUGACCCAGACUGGGUUGUUGAGGACAUGGAUUUCAGUCAUACACACUUGGUACUUAAUAUAAGGGAAGGGCGAAACUUUAGACUUUGUUCUGUUGCUUUACCUUUGCCUGCUGGGAAGGGACCAGUUCAUCUAAAAGAGCUUCAUCCACAAUUCUUGCCUCUUCCAAAAUAUGUUUCACAAAUUUCACCUGGGCCAAAUUAUGACUACCAUUCAUCAAAUAUGCGCUUUACAAUAUCAUCACCUGUGAUGCCAGAUGCUGUGGUUGAUUAUGACCUGUCAAAUGGAAACUGGAAGAUCAUUCAACAGCAGAAUAUUCUCCAUGAAAGAACAAAGGUUUUGUAUGGAACAGCUUCUUCAGCAAGCAUCAGUGAGAACACCUUAAAUACAGAUGUUUUCAAUUCUGCAAAUGAAGUCAGCCCUGAUGAUCAGCAGUUGUGGAAUGAUCUUUCUGAAUUUUAUGCUUGUGAACAGCAUAAUGUCUCUUCUUAUGAGGGAGUCUUGGUUCCAUUAACUGUUGUGUACUCUCGCAAAACCAAGAAAGAGGAUCAGAACCCUGGAUUGCUUCAUGUGCAUGGAGCUUAUGGUGAGCUACUCGAUAAAAGGUGGCGCAGUGAAUUGAAAAGCCUUCUUGAUCGUGGUUGGAUAGUUGCAUAUGCUGAUCUUAGAGGUGGAGGCGGUGGAGGUAAGAAGUGGCAUUAUGAUGGAAGACGUACAAAGAAGAUAAAUUCCAUCAAGGAUUUUAUAUCAUGUGCCAAUUUCCUUGUUGACAAAGAAAUUGUCCAUGAAAAGAAACUUGCUGCAUCGGGUUAUAGUGCUGGAGGACUUGUAGUUGCUUCAGCCGUCAAUCAAUGCCCACAUUUGUUUACUGCUGCAGUUUUGAAGGUUCCAUUUCUAGAUGCAACAAGCACUCUUCUCUAUCCCAUUAUACCGCUCACAGCUGCUGAUUAUGAAGAGUUUGGAUACCCCGGGGACAUUAAUGAUUUUCAUGCUAUACGCGAUUACUCUCCAUAUGACAAUAUUCAGAAGGGUGUUCUCUAUCCAGCUGUACUGAUUUCCUCAUCUUUCAAUACACGUUUUGGAGUGUGGGAAGCUGCAAAAUGGGUUGCACGAGUUCGUGAACGUACAAUUUACGACCCAAAGCGUCCAAUACUGCUUAAUUUGACAACAGACAUAGUAGAGGAAAACAGGUACCUCCAAUGCAAGGAAUCGGCACUAGAGACUGCAUUUCUUAUAAAGGCAAUGGAAUCGUAGAGACUGCAUUUCUUACUCAGUACUGAAUCUGUUGGUCAGCAACACAGAAACUAGCUGUGGG